GCAUAUAAAUGAUAAUAUUGUGUGCAGUUUUUUUUUCAGUGAAUUGGAGCUGCCAAUUUUUCUAACCAUGCAUGUGUGGAUACGUUUCCUUCCAAACUAUAUAUAUGGAUGAAAUUGGCAUCAGCUAGUCAUACAUGGCCUGCGACAAGUCGCCUUCUUGCAAAAACAAUUACCAUUUCUCCUCACCUUGCAUUGCACCUCGGCUUCCUCCAUUCUCUCUCGAGACAAAUUGACCAUGGCGAAAAAUCCUCAUGUCUCCAUCUCUCUCACCGGCCUCGCCAUGGCUGUCUUCCUCUUCAGCUCCUCCCUCCAGGCUGCCCAAGGAGGAGCAGAGAAGAAGACGGAGGUGUCGGAGUACUACUACGACGUGCCGGUGCGGAGGCUGGUGUACCGGCCGGCGGCUGCGGCGAUGAGCACGGAGGCAGCGUACGAGCCGUUCGAGCUGUGCAUGGGGUGCCGGUGCUGCGCGUCGUCGAACGCGAGCAGCUGCGUGGACGCUCAGUGCUGCUACGCCAUCGACUGCAACAUCCCCGGCAAGCCCUUCGGCGUCUGCGCCUUCUCCCCCCACACCUGCGACUGCGCCGCCACCAACUGCACCAACCACCAGCCAUGACAGACACUUCCUAGUAGUAAUUUUGAUCCAUCAGCUGAAUUAUUCAAUGGUUUUCUUGAUGCGAAUGCAAAAUUAUUAGGUUCUUCAGAGAUUCUUGCGACUAGAUGCAUAUGCACAAGGAUCGAAGGUUGGUUGACAUUGCUGUUUAGAUGCAUAUGGCCUGAAAGUUUAACAACUUGCUAUAGAAUCUUCAGAAAGGGAUUAAUUUUCGAUCGAUCGGUUCCACAAUUUAAUUGAAUCAUGCGUUAAAUCAUGAAUUGUAUUAUUUCCUAGAGUUAAUUUGAGUGUGAUAUGAAUAUGGUUGUAGAAAAGGCGGCUGUUUGUGUUUGACUGUAGGAUAUGUACGAGUGCCUAACAUUGUUGUUGGUUGUAUCCUCUUCUUUUCAAAGCACUGAAUACUAAAUGCCAAAAUACCUGACCAGUAAGGUGCGUGUAUUGUCUAGA